UGAUGGACGGCUCUUACGCGUCGAUUGCCCCGUUCCUCUGCCCAAUGUGGGGACUUUGGUUCUGCCCCAGCCCCGUGGGCUGCUACCCCUUCCUGAGCAAGCUCGGCGACGGCCACAUCUCGGAGGCGCUGGUCUUGCGCGCCUACAACGCCGGAUUGUGCCUCGGACCGCCGUCCUGGGACACUUGGGGCUGCGUCGCAAAGAGCGCGCUCUUUGCAUGCCUGCCGGCUUGCCUUCCUGCCCCGGGCUGCCUUCGCAAGGUGCCUUGCUGGCCAGGGGUGUGCAUCUGGUGCAACAAGCCGACCUACCCGGUCGAUUCCUUCGACCACUACUCGUCACACGACCGCACGUACGUGCCCAAGCAAGCGUACUGGAUGCGCAUCCCCGGGUACUCGUGCGCGUUCGGUUUCUGCGGCGUAAUGAGCCACAUGAACCAGUUCCUGCUAUGGACGCUCUACAAGGGGGCGUACCAGAACGAGGACGCAGCCGGCAAGCAGCGGCCGUGCUCGACCUAUUCGCCAAAGGUGAUGAACCCGAAGCCCCCUAGCUAAGCAAGCGCGGGCCUUCAAGAGGGCAACAUUGUCCGGCACCGGGGGGCUAUGUGGGGACUUUGGUUCUGCCCCAGCCCCGUGGGCUGCUACCCCUUCCUGAGCAAGCUCGGCGACGGCCACAUCUCGGAGGCGCUGGUCUUGCGCGCCUACAACGCCGGAUUGUGCCUCGGACCGCCGUCCUGGGACACUUGGGGCUGCGUCGCAAAGAGCGCGCUCUUUGCAUGCCUGCCGGCUUGCCUUCCUGCCCCGGGCUGCCUUCGCAAGGUGCCUUGCUGGCCAGGGGUGUGCAUCUGGUGCAACAAGCCGACCUACCCGGUCGAUUCCUUCGACCACUACUCGUCACACGACCGCACGUACGUGCCCAAGCAAGCGUACUGGAUGCGCAUCCCCGGGUACUCGUGCGCGUUCGGUUUCUGCGGCGUAAUGAGCCACAUGAACCAGUUCCUGCUAUGGACGCUCUACAAGGGGGCGUACCAGAACGAGGACGCAGCCGGCAAGCAGCGGCCGUGCUCGACCUAUUCGCCAAAGGUGAUGAACCCGAAGCCCCCUAGCUAAUCCUGCCCGCCCCCCCGCCCCCCCCCCCGGUCCGCCCGCUGGGGAUCUGGGACGGUGGGAGUUGCGGGCCGGCGGGGCUCAGUCAGCGAUGCUAGCGGGACGGGUCGGAUCUGGGAGCCGCGCCCGCGGGUGUAAUGGGGGCUGUCGCGGGUGCCGUUCUUUGAGGGUGGUGGCAGAGAUAGGAAGAGGCAUCCGCACGAUGACCACGAAGGCUAAUCUCCUUUAUACGGCUUUAAAAUCAUGUGUGUGUGGUGGCGGCGGCGUGCCGUCCUCGCUC